GUUCAUUUGAGGCGGCUGCACACCAGUACACUACCACCAAAAAACAUUCCUGCUCAUGGUGGAGCAUCAGUGGCUGACAGAUUGCAACACAGAGAGCACCGCACUGUCCACUCCAGAUCAGCGUGAGUGCGCAGCGACUCCAACGUCUCCUCUGACCCCUACAAUCUAACCCCCCACCCCCCCGCCCUCCUGCGUUCUUCCACACAGCACCCCGCAGCGGGCACGGUGUCUCCAGAAACACCUGGAUGGAUUUCGCCGAAGCAAUUUGUUCCCCCCUCCUCCUCCUCCUCCUCGUUCCUUUUCCUUUUUACGCUCCAUCUUAGCGCAUCUUUAGGUGUUGGAAGAGGAGGGAGAACGAGAUGUCCUGGAUGUAUUUUCUCCGGAGGUUGUAAAAGUGGACGGGAGCGCAGCUCGCUGGAAAACCAUGUGGAGAGCGGCCACGUCCUUAUGUGGAAGCACCGGAGACAAAAAGUGACUCUAUUGGGAAACAACUGUUUGCGUUUUCUUGGAGAAAAAAAUCCUUCGAUGAGGAAACAAAGAGGGAAGAGAUGGUAGAGAAUGGCCGCACCUGACCUUCUUGACCCGAAGUCUGCCGCCCACAACUCCAAACCUCGCCUGUCCUUCUCGACCAAACCGGUGGUGCUGAACGCUCCAGAGGAUGAGUGUGACACUCGGACCACUGUCAUGAGGUGGAAAACUGUGACCGCCAUCUUCUUCCUGGUGGUGCUCUACCUAAUUAUAGGGGCGACUGUGUUCAGUGCGCUGGAGCAGCCUCAUGAGAGUUCCCAGAAACUGGCCAUUCUUGCAGAAAAACUCGACUUCUUGGCCAUGCACGCCUGUGUCAACUCCUCUGAGCUGGAGGAUCUAGUGAAGCAAGUGGUUUCAGCAGUCCGAGCAGGUGUGAACCCAUCAGGAAAUUCAUCCAAUCAAACGAGCCUGUGGGACCUCAGUUCCUCCUUUUUCUUUGCUGGAACUGUUAUCACCACCAUCGGAUUUGGGAACAUCUCUCCUCACACAGAAGGAGGGCGGAUCUUUUGUAUAAUCUAUGCUCUGCUGGGGAUUCCUCUGUUUGGAUUCUUAUUGGCUGGUGUCGGGGACCAGUUGGGGACGAUUUUUGGGAAAGGCAUUGCCAAAGUGGAGAAGAUGAUUGUGAAAUGGCAAGUCAGCCAGACGAAGAUCCGCGUCAUCUCCACGCUGCUCUUCAUCCUGUUUGGGUGCCUCAUCUUCGUGGCCCUGCCGGCCGUCAUCUUCAAGCACAUCGAAGGCUGGAGCACCCUCGAGUCCAUCUACUUUGUCGUCAUCACCCUCACCACCAUCGGCUUCGGAGACUUUGUUGCCGGUGAAAAAGGUUCUGCAGGUGGGACAGAGAGUCCAGAGUACCUGAACUAUUACAAACCCGUGGUGUGGUUCUGGAUCCUGGUGGGCCUUGCGUACUUUGCCGCCGUGCUCAGUAUGAUCGGAGACUGGUUCCGGGUCAUCUCCAAGAAAACUAAGGAGGAGGUUGGGGAGUUUAGGGCUCACGCGGCCGAGUGGACAGCAAAUGUGUCAGCAGAGUUCAAAGAGACCCGCCGGCGGCUCAGUGUUGACAUCUACGAUAAGUUCCAACGCGCUGCAUCCAUCAAGCGCAAGCUGUCAUCCGAGUUGGGCAUUAACGCGUCCAUCAACCAGGAAAUGACCCCUGGCAAGAGGACGCUGUCGGCCAACCUGUGCGAGGACAGAGAGAGUUACCCCAACUUAACUCUCUCCCUCAGUCCUGUUCCAGGGGCCUUGGCCAGGAAUGGCAGCCUCUAUUUAAACGGCCUUAGCCCAGACUAUGCCGACAGGCGGGAGAUCGCCAUCAUUGAAAAUCUCAAAUGAGGAGUAAAAGGAGAGAAACACAUCUAGUACAGCACACACAAGUGAUGAGGUACCCAUAAGCUUUCAUCAAAUGGACUGUGCUCCAAUCAUUGAUUGAAAACCUUCAGUGACUUAAACGCAGAUCAAUCGUCAAGCUCCAUACUUUUUGUGCGCGUGUUUAAUACUCACAGGCAAAAACUCAUACGGUGAGAUAGCUCAGAGGUUCCACUGCUUGUCUGAAGGAAUUCGACUUCAUUAUGUCUGUGCCAACAUGAUCGACAGCUGUGCUAGAGAUUGAGCCAAAUCAGAAGCAUGCUCCUGACUGGAAAAAGUAAUGGGAUCAGAGGCUUGAGCUUCACAAACGUCUCUCUGAGCAGGAAGGAAAAUGAAAGCCCAUACUGAGGUAGCAACACACUGGACAUUAUCUUCUCAUAUACCGUCAUGAAAGCCUGUGAACACACAGAAAUAAGUACAGUCAUCAAACUUAGAAAGCAAUAGACGUAUCUGUGCUCAUCUCCUGUUGAAUUUCCAGAGGCCCUGAAAUCUGCAUCAGAUAAAAGAGGACCCUCACCAUGAAAAAUACUCAGAAUGUGGCUUUUUCUUUUAGUUUACACUUCUUACAGUAUGAAUUUAUAUGCCUUGCGUUUGCCAGUCAGUCCAUCCUCACUAAAGGGACGAAUGUUGACUUUUUUUGUUCCUUCAUGACUGACGUUCAGCUUUUCACCCUAAGGAAUAACCCACUUGUGCCUUAUUGAAAACCACGCUGAACAUGUGAGGACGGUGAUGCAUGAAAGACCGAGUAACGCUUUGUCUGUUCCACUUAUACUUGUGAUAUAUCAGCACAGUAGUAAUAAAGACGGACGUAGGAGGCAUCUCGGGGAAAAAAAAAAACAGGAUGAAGAAGAGACAAAUGGAAGAGGAGACGUUUUUAUUUAACUCAUUAUAAGAGGAAGAGGGUGGAGAAACUGAUUGUUGAGAUAAGAUUAAUAAGUAGGAAAAUUCCACCUCUCCGUUUGCCAGUGCUGAGAUAGUUAAAUUAAACACACACAGUGCCAGGCUCACUGAUCCAAUCCCUGAUCUCCCCUAUACCAAAGUAAUGUUCCUGCUUUUCUGACAGAGGAAUAAGAGAGGUCUCAGUCUGAUCAAAGGAUCAGGAGUGCUUUCUCUUAUUUCUAAAUCCUGUCCUGUGGAUUUUUAGAAAUUGAUAUUGAACUCACUGCUAUGUUUUUUUUCUUGAAAUUGAGACACAGAGCUUGGUGCCUCAACACUGUCUUUUUUCCUAUUGGUAAAAAGUCUCUGCAUGUAUGGUACUGUAGCAAAGAAAGCUCUGGGGCUGUGAAGCAUCUUUACCUUACUGCUUUUCAUGGUUUAGGGAGUUGGGGAAUAUUUCCUCAACAGAUAAAGAUGAGCUCCAUUAUCUUGUGUCAAUACUGAAUGUACACCAUCAAAAACCUGUAUUUACCAUAUAUCACUGCAGUAACUCAGUGAUCAAGACUUUAGAGGUCUAUUAGUUGCAUCAGAUAAAAAUAGAAGAAUUGAUUUAAAUAUAAAGGUUAUGAAAAUGGCAAGAAUCUCAUUCAGAUUCUUGAUACUAAAUACACAUUUUGAUUUUGACAUUUUAAGUGCGUUUAAUUUUUUCAAGUUGGCAUUUGAUGCUGUUAUGCAAAGAUAUUUUAGGUUCUGGUAUCACCCAGUUGAACAGUUUUGAUUUUGUGUCUUAUGUUGUUAUUCAGUGCUUUUAUGCAGCAAGGUAUGCUGUAAUAUUAACCAAUUCAUUUGAUAGUGCUAUUUUCAGUUUGUAGCAUUAUAAAACAGAUUUACAAUACAGUGCUUCUUUCAUGACAUUAUGUCACGUGGCAAACCAUGUCUACUUGUUAUACCAGGGUAGAAAAGAGUAUGUGUUAUGUUAAAAACUGACUACAUUUGUUUUUUGUUACAGGACAUUUCAGGGCAACAACUGUCUGUAUAAUUUUACUCCUUAUCUAAAUGGUAGAAGUUCGGUUGCACCAGCUCUUUGUAGAUUUAAACAUUACCUUAUACAUCACUAAAUUAAAACAGGUUCCACCAAACAAAUUAGGUUUUACAUAGUGAUAAGUUCUUACUUAAUAUUUUCAUUCAGCAGGCUAACUGCCAGGUGUAGCUAACCAAACCUGAAAAAGCUAACGUUGGCUUAAUAAUAUAUUCCCCAUUUAAAAUGGAGGCUGAAAGGCUUGUGUAAUUUUCUCAUUAUUUAUACUAGUAGCUCUAAAUCAACAUUAUGGAACUAGCCAGUGGUUACAAAGAACUUCAGGGCGACACACAAACUUAGUAGUGGAUUUACAAAUAGCUGGUGCAACCUAAUCCAGAACAGUAUUUAUAGGUUUGCUCUCUUCUCCUAGUCUGAAUCUCCUGAUUUUCUUGAAAGGCUCUAACAACUGGUAUGCUACAUAAAGCAUGCACUGCACUGAUUUGUGCAGAGCUUGAAUGACUGUAUUGUAAGGUCAUCAGCUGUCACGUGUAGUUAAGUCAAAGAGGACUCACAAAAAGAUUGUCAAGAAAAUAAGAGGAAAGUGAGGAUAUGAGACUAAAAAUAGAAUUAUGUUCUUUUUAUUGUGAUUCUGAAAAGCAAUCAAUAGCAUCAAAACACUGUAUAUGUCAUACUGACUUGCAAUACACAAUGAAAGAAAGACCACUAGUACAUUAAUGCUGUGUUGCCUGGGGGGAAGCAAUUCAAGCCUUGGUGCAGCUGCUCAAAGCAAAAGUCCCUAGAAGUAACCCCCUAUUGCUUUUUCCCAGUUGUGUGAUUGACAGGCACUGAGAGGCGAGCUGUCAGCGCUGCACAAAGUCAAGGAGUGCUGUCAGUGGAGCAUUAUGUGAUGUGUCAGGCCACGUAAGGCCACAUUGUGAGGAUACUCGUGCAUUACUGUGUUUACAGUAAAUGUGUGCGUGCAUGAGUGAACGUGUGAAUGCACGUGUGCAUUUGGGGGUUUGUGAAAAAUUGUUUCAUUUCCACCCACACGAGCGUUUUCACAUGGCAUCCUCUUCUUCUCCCAGGGUGACAGAUUUUAAUUAAGUCUGUGGCUUGCAUCGAAAUCCCAGUCCAAGCAUGUUGAAUGUAUCUAUCCAUUCAUGACGGAAGAGAUGAGCCUCAUUAUGAAUGUAAGCACAUUCAUGAUUUAACAUUGUGAUUUAUGUAUGUAAAGGAGUUCAAUUAGCUCAGUGGGUACAACGUGAAGACACCUGCAGGCUUCUUAAAGCUGUUGGCCCUCAUUUAUUUAGAAAAUAUGAUGCCAUAAAAACAUGAUUGUGUACCAAUCAUAGUCGUAAUAAAAGAUAAGAGUGUUAACACGCGGUUUUCAGAAAAUCUUAUACAAUUCCAAUGUGCACCAAUGUGCAUCGGUGGAAUCAAGAUCCAUUUUUCAUAAACCACAACUUUGGAUUUGGUCAUUUGCCUAAAAUUUAUGCUUGAUAUUCUUUUUCAAUGAGGCCCAUUAUGUCAAGUAAAGUCUCUGUAACUUUCAAAUUUAUAAUAAAUUCACCUGUAAAAAUUUGCCAACAUACAUGUGAGGAGUCAUGUACACACAUGCACAUUAAGAAAAAAAAUCAACAUGAUUUCAAUUGUUGCAUGCUACUUUUAAGUGUUACUUCCAGUGAUUAUAGAUCAGAUGUAUCUAUAAUCACAGGCUUUCCUCUGGUUUUAAUAACAGUAUGGCAACCAUGUGUUUCCAGUAUAUUAAUAUGUUAAUGUGGGUAUGUCACCUCAACUCAUGGCAAACUUUUCUGAAGGUUUAGAAUAAAAUAUUUUAUAUGCAGAUAAACAUUGACAAUCAUUG